AUGCUAUAUUACCAAAUUCCUCAUCAAAUGAAUCCAUCAGCGAUGACUUUUAAACCAAAUCAAAAGAAAUUUUAUUCUAUCAAUACCGAUCAAUUAACAAAAGCUGAAGAAAACAUCUUUCAAGAAUUAUUAUGUGAAUGGAUUGAUACUCCCACACUUGAUCUUUUAUUUGAAAAAUGGACAAACCAUCGUGAUAAAAAUUUUUCUUUGAUGAACAUAAAACAAAAUAUAUCUCUUCUUCUUUUAAAUGUCUCUAGUUUAAACAAGUACCUCGUCGAUGUAUUUAAAUUAAUUGAUGCCAUAUCAUCACCAAUUGUGAUAUUAAAUGGUACGCAUCAUGAUGAUAAUUCGGUUAAACAAUUUAGGUCUCAUUUCUUUAACUUUAAUGUUUUUACAAUGAAAGGAACAAAUAUGUUUGGUGGUGUGUUAAUAGCAGUGCAUAAAUCAAUUCGUUCACAACGUGUAGAUGAAUUUGACAAUUUAUGUAAUUUAAUCGUGUUGGAAGUUGGAUCAGAUCUGGAUAUGUUUCAAUUAGCUACAUGUUAUUCUCCACCUACUGAACCCAUUCCUCUUGAUAUAUUUGAUCGUUUGCUUCAACGUAAUCCAAAUUCAAUCUUUACCGGAGAUUUUAACGCUAAGCACAAUUCAUGCUCAAGAUCUGCAGAUAAUCAAACGGGUCGAGCUUUAUUCAGGUGGCUAUCUUCAUCACCAAUACAUUCAUCUCUGGAAAUUAUUAACAAAUACAUAUCUACUUCAACUCGUUCAAAUGCAACAAUUGAUUUAAUUGUUGCACCAUCGCAUAUGUUGUCUACUUCCUUCUCGGUUCUUCCAAGUAUUGGAAAUGAUCAUCAUCCCGUUCUAUGGCAUCCGUCAUUUAAAAUAUCCUCCACUCAUCAUCGUUUUCCUAUCAAGUGCACCCGUUGGAAUCUUCUCGAAAUUUUUCUUACAUUUACAGCCACGUAUUGGCAAUGGUUAGCUGCUUCUAUGUCAUAUUCAGCAGCAUUAUCAACUAUUCAUUGGAAACAUUUAUUUGCCGACGAUCUUGCCAUUUUAUUCUCACCAUCGCCAUCAAUGUCUUCAUCAAAUAUGAUAAAUGCAUUAGCUAAUCAAAUAAAACAUGUACUUCUUCAUCUGAUAAACUAUUCAAUCAAGUGGAAACAGCCAGUAAACUUUAGUAAAACAUGUUGGAUUCUCUUUAAUCGUCAAGUUGUUCCACGAAUUUCAAAUACUAUAUGCAAUGGUCACAAUAUCGAACACGUUAAAAAAUUCAAAUAUUUGGGUACUAUAUUAGCUGCUAAAUUAUCUUUUACAGCACAUAUAGACUCCAUCAAAGCAAAAAUUCGUACCAAUAUGAAUAUAUUCAAACGAUUAAAUUCAUGUCGUAUGAUGACUGAACAAGUAAAUUAUCGGCUGUACAAUGCAUUUAUCAGACCAUAUCUUCAAUCAAUACUCAACAUUUAUCCUAUCCUUACUCCAUCAAAACAGAAUCAACUGGAAGGUCUGAAUCGAAAAGUAUUCAGAGUAAUGCAACAAUGGUGCGGUGCAACAAAUAUCGAAAUCGAAAAUCGACCCAAAUAUCAAUCUAUUUCGAAAUUAACACUCAAACAUUGGGAUAAAUUAAUUCAUACAAUUCUAGUAACAAAUCUUAGCAUUCUUGUAGAUUUCUUACAACACAAAUUAUCGAUCCUAUACUUUCGUGAAUAUCUUUCUAAUCCAACAUUAGCUACUGAAAGAAGAAAAAUGUUUCGCGCAGGAAGAUUCCGUAAAAAUAUUCGUAAUAUGCUAUCCGAAGAUCGUCCAUCACUGUUCGAUUUUAUUUUAUGUUAUCAUUGA